AUAUUUAAUACUUACUUUGUUGCCACUCUAUUAGUAUUAGUACCUAAGAGAGAGAGAGAGGAACUGAAUUGUAGCAAUUAUAUUAUGGCUAGUUGUAACAUGGCUUCAGCUGCAUCUAGAUUGGUGCUGUCACCUAAUAAAGUUGCUUGCAAAACAAACAUAAACACGGUUAUGUGGUUCCCUACAAAAAAGAACAUUAUUAAUACUUCUAGGCUUAUUGUGAGAGCGGAAGAAGAGGCUGCCGCUGCCACAUCUGAAACCGCCGAACCCCCUCCACCGGAAGACGAAGCAGCUCCAAAACCCAAGCCACCACCAAUUGGUCCCAAGAGAGGUGCUAAGGUUAAGAUUGUUAGGAAGGAAUCAUACUGGUACAACGGCAUUGGUUCAGUUGUGGCUGUAGAUCAGGACCCGAAGACAAGGUACCCAGUGGUGGUUCGAUUCAACAAAGUUAACUAUGCCAAUGUAUCAACCAACAACUAUGCUUUGGAUGAGAUUCAGGAAGUUAAUUGAUGAUUUCAUCCAUGCAACUUAUUAUAUAUCUUCCAUAACUAGCUACUCUUACAAUGAAUGUGUAUAAUAUAAUGGCUUAUUUUUCUGUUCAUGUAAAUGUAUAUAUAUGUGCGUGGAAGCAGUUAGUUUUGUGAAUAGUAAACUGAAGGGUUAACUA